AUGGCAGUUUCCCCAAACUCUUGCCUCCUCAAAUGUCUACUCACCCUCGUCCUCCAGCUUCCCACCCUGGAUUCAGCUCACUUUGACGUAAUUGGACCCCCGGAGCCCAUCCUGGCUCUGGUGGGUGAAGAUGCUGAGUUGCCCUGUCAUCUGUCCCCAAACGUGAGCGCUGAACACAUGGAGCUGAGGUGGUUCCGGAAGAAGGUCUCGUCUGCAGUGCUGGUUCACAGAGACGGGCAAGAGCAAGAUGGAGAGCAAAUGCCCGAGUAUCAAGGAAGAGUCACACUGGUGAAGGACCACAUCACCGAGGGGCGAGUGUCUGUGAGGAUCCACAAAGUCAGAGCCUCCGACGAUGGAGAAUACCAGUGCUUUUUCAGGGAAAAGGAAAGCUAUGAAGAGGCGAAGGUGCAGCUGAAGGUGGCUGCUCUGGGCUCUGAUCCUCACAUCCAUAUGGAAGUUCAAGGGAGUGGUGAGAUCCGACUGGAAUGCUCCUCAGUUGGAUGGUACCCAGAGCCCCAGGUGCAGUGGAGAACGCCCAAGGGAGAAAAAUUUCCAUCCACAUCAGAAUCCAGCCAUCCUGAUGAGGAAGGCCUGUUUACUGUGGAAGCAUCACUGAUUAUCAGAGACAAUUCCUUGGAGAAUGUGUCCUGCAGCAUCCAGAACCCCCUUCUUGGCCAGGAGAAGGAAGUAGGAAUUUCUAUACCAGCUCCUUUCUUUCUGAGGCUGACUUCCUGGAUGGUAGCUGUGGCUGUAAUUGUGAUACUCCUAGGACUUCUCACCAUUGGGUCCAUAGUUUUCACUUGGAGAUUAUACAGGGAAAGAUCCAGAGAGAGGAGAAAUGAAUUCAGCUCCAAAGAGAAACUCCUGGAAGAACUCAAAUGGAAAAAGGCUACAUUGCAUGCAGUUGAUGUGACUCUGGAUCCAGACACAGCCCAUCCCCAUCUCUUUCUGUAUGAAGAUUCCAAAUCUGUUCGACUGGAAGAUUCACGGCAGAAACUGCCUGAAAAUCCAGAACGAUUUGAUUCCUGGCCCUGUGUGUUGGGUCGUGAGGUCUUCACCUCAGGAAGACAUUACUGGGAGGUGGAGGUGGGAGACAGGACUGACUGGGCUAUUGGAGUGUGUCGGGAGAAUGUAAUGAAGAAAGGGUUUGACCCCAUGACUCCUGAGAAUGGAUUCUGGGCUGUGGAGUUGUAUGGAAAUGGAUAUUGGGCUCUCACCCCUCUCAGGACCCCUCUCCCAUUGGCAGGAGCCCCCCGCCGGGUUGGAAUUUUCCUGGACUAUGAAGCAGGAGAUACCUCCUUUUACAAUAUGUCUGAUGGGUCCCUCAUCUAUACUUUCCCUAAGGUCUCUUUCUCUGGCCCCCUCCGGCCAUUCUUUUGCCUAUGGUCCUGUGGUAAGAAGCCCUUGACCAUUUGCCCAAUCACUAAUGGGUCUGAAGCAGUCACUGUAGUUUCUGAAACUGGGGAACUUUCUAAGGACAUUCCACUGUCCCCCAUGGGAGAAGAAUCUGCCUCUGGUGACACAGACACCCUGCAUUCUAAACUGAUCCCUUCCCAACCCAGCCAAGGGGCACCUUAA